CGUAAAUAGUUGCGGAAGCACGAAGUGGAAUGUUGAUACAUUGUUGUUGUUGUUUUGUAGUUAAUUUAGUACGGGGACACAUUUCGGUUCGACUGCUGGACUACUUUCAGAAUUGCGACAAGUAACUUCAACCCGUAUAGGACGGAAACUUCACAAGCUUUACCGACCGAGAAUAUCCGCUUUCAUAAGUGUGACGUCUGUGGGAUUUUGGCCAGUUUAUGCAUGCAGGGUAUGACGACUCAGUUUAAAGGAAACAAGACUUUAAAGGUUAAGAAGGAGGUGGGUGAGAAUGCUCCGGCCCUCUGUGAUGACGAGCUGGUGGCCAUGUCGGUGCGCGAGCUCAACACACACCUGCGUGGGCUGACCAAGGAGGACGUGGUGCGGCUGAAGCAGCGGCGGAGGACCCUGAAGAACCGGGGCUACGCCGCCAGCUGCCGCAUCAAGCGGGUCACCCAGAAGGAGGAGCUGGAGAGGCAGAAGCAGGAUCUGCAACACGAGGUAGACAAGCUGGCCCGGGAGAACGCCAGCAUGAGGCUGGAGCUGGACGCCCUGCGCGCCAAGUAUGAGGCCCUGCAGUGCUUCGCCCGGACUGUCACCUGCGGGCCUCUCUCACCAGGCAAGGUGGCCACCACCAGCGUCAUCACCAUCAUCAAGUCUACAAACAACCACAACUCCAGCCCAACCUCCUUCUCAGCUCCCUCCUAGUUGUGACAGAACUGAGCUCUCGUCUCCCCGUCCUGCCUGGUCCUUACUGGUUCCGACCCGAUCGAGCUUGAAACCAAUUGCACCUGACCCAUGCUGAGAGGAAGCUCAGUAAUUAGACUGAGGGAAGGGGGUGGGGUGGCCACUAGCUCUGUGUGAUGAUAACAACAUAUGAUGCUGCAUUCAUUCUCUACUCUCUUUCUCUCACAUACUGUACAUAAUCUACAUUGUCUGUGCACUGUGCUACAACCGCCCCAGCACCGGCCGGGCAUUGGGCCUCUCUGACCCUCUCUUCUUGACUGAUGGCAGAGAUUAGCUCAUACUACAGUGUGAGUGGAUACUUGAUAUUAUACCCCGCGAUGGCAGCACUGGUCUGAGACAGCUCUGAUGCCUGUGGUAUCUUGCAUUUACAGAGUAUAAAGUAAUAUAUUAUUGUAAUAAUUACCAUAUUAAUACAUUAUAAACAUUUAAAAUAACAAACAAAAAAUGCUGAUCUAAGCCUAAAAGCCUUCUUUCUUCUGUAUAUGAAAGCAUAUACUAAUGUCUCAAUGAAAAUUGAGGCAUUGAAGCUUUUCCCUUUAUCUGAUCUCGGAAUGAUCUCUCAGUAAUAUUCAAAUAUUCAUUUUUUUUUGUCACUCUCAUACAGUAUGUUCAAUAUUUUAAGCUUUAAUAUUCACAAUUUCAAGGACAGUUUGAAAACCGUAA